GCUAAGGCCGGCGGGGCGGUGCGCGCGGUGCGAGGUGAGGCCCCGCAAGCUGGACGCCAGGGAAGCGCUUUUCUAGGAGUCGCCACCCAGUUGCCACCCUGCCCCGGCUGCGCGCCCGGAGGCCAGAUAGCAGAAGUCACGACGGCCAGCCGCGGACCGGGGCCCGAGGAGUAGUAGGACUCAGCGGAGUCGCCGGACCGGGCCAUGGCGCUCGACUUCCUGGCUGGAUGCGCCGGAGGUGUGGCAGGUGUGAUUGUGGGACACCCUUUUGACACAGUCAAGGUGCGCCUGCAAGUCCAGAGCACGGAGAAGCCUCAGUACCGGGGGACGCUGCACUGCUUCCAGUCCAUCAUCAAGCAGGAGAGCGUGCUGGGUCUGUAUAAAGGCCUGGGCUCACCACUAAUGGGACUCACCUUCAUCAAUGCUCUGGUAUUUGGGGUACAAGGUAACACCCUCCGGGCCCUGGGCCAAGACUCACCGCUCAAUCAGUUCCUGGCUGGAGCAGCAGCGGGUGCCAUUCAGUGUGUCGUCUGCUGCCCCAUGGAACUGGCCAAGACGAGGCUGCAGCUCCAGGCCGUGGGCGCUGCCCGUACCUACAAGGGCUCCCUGGACUGCCUGGUGCAGAUUUACCGGCACGAGGGCCUGCGCGGCAUCAACCGAGGCAUGGUGUCCACACUUCUGCGGGAGACGCCCAGCUUUGGCGUCUACUUCCUCACCUACGACGUGCUGACGCGCGCCAUGGGCUGCGAGCCAGGUGACAGCCUGCUGGUGCCCAAGCUGCUGCUGGCGGGCGGCACGUCCGGCAUCACAUCCUGGCUCUCCACCUAUCCUAUGGACGUGGUUAAGUCACGACUGCAAGCCGACGGGCUGCAGGGAAGCCCUCGCUACCGCGGCAUCGUUGACUGCAUGCGGCAGAGCUAUCAGGCUGAGGGCUGGCAAGUCUUCACACGAGGGCUGGCCUCCACGCUGUUGCGUGCCUUCCCGGUCAAUGCUGCCACCUUCGCCACAGUCACUGUGGUGCUUACAUAUACCCGGGGUGAGGAGGCUCAGGUAGACAGUGAGGCAGCUCCGGGCACCUCUACUACUCCUGCUGGGCCCGCCAUGGCCCAGCCUUCCAGUUUGUGAUGCUGUCUGUCCCACCAAUUUACCCAGGGCCACUUUGUUGGAACUUGACACAGAGACUAUGACUCCUCGGCCAAUCUUCCUCAUUGGCCUGUGAUGCCGGCCAUCUCGACCCCACUGGCCUCCUAUUUCUUAGCUGUAAAAUGGGGCUUUUCCUCAUACGUGGUACUUUCAGAAAGAUCAACCCAAGCCUAGCUAAAUCUGCACUGUGCAGACAGAACUACCAGUCAGAAUCUUCCAAGUCCAGCACUCCCAGGGGUGAGGAAGUAGGGCCCAGCUCCUACAAGCUGGCCAAGGACCCACCCAUUCCUCAAAUCCUCCACUGACUGAGUCCCAUUGAAAAUACUUGGCCACUUCUUACUGUGAGGGACAGUGGGCCACAUGCAGUGCUCCCAGGGCCACAUGCAGUGCUCCCAGUGUUGCAAAGUAACACCUCUGUGCCUGACUUUCACCGCCGCCCUUGAACUGUAUGGAGAGCAGGGGUGGGACCCUGGCACCUAGCUUGUCGAGGAUAGCGCCAGUGUAGGGCCUGAGUGGGAGCAGACAGGCCACCAGCCUCAAUGUCUCCACAGGGAAAUUGUGUAACAGCUGUGGGAAGACAGAGUCCUCUCACCUCUGAGCCUCAGGCUAGCAGUCUGUAAGAUGGGGACCUGGGUCAGCUGAUGUCUGGUUUCUCUUACUGCCAGCCAGGAUUCACAAUGGUAGGCAGGCAGAGGGCCCAGGAGAACAGUGUGGGAUCGAGCCAUUUCUCAGUAAAUGUAGUCUUUCUGGGCAUCGUCAGUACCAGUGCCCAUGGAUGCACAGAGGUCUUGGCACCAGUACAGAGUUGCCAGUUUGGAACUGCCUGAGCGGGGGAAACUGAGCUCUGGCUGUCUGUCACCGUUGUACUGUCCUCUAAAGGAAUAAAGUCUUGUUUUCUAAGCGC